UUGCACGCGGGAAGUUUAUCUCUAUGUCAGCUCGUGCUGAUUCAAUCCUGACUCAAAUUUUGAUACCACGCGUUGUCUUUCUAAAAUACUCCAAUUAGUUCGUUCUUUUUGGUCGGAGUGACGAAAUUCCGACGCCCGUCACACCAUCAUGGCCAAAUACCUCAUUCAGAUCAUUGUGCUGGGAACCCAGGCUGUAGGGAAAGCAUUUGCAAGGGCGGUCAGGCAAGAAUAUCAGGCCUCACAAGCAGCCGCACAAGCCCGUUACGGUGGCCGACAAAGUGGUGAUUCUUCACGUUCAAGUAGCAAGACUGUUGCAGAAAACUUACGACUGGGAAUGACCCUAGAAGAAGCUAGACAAAUUUUAAAUGUUUCCGAUAAUUCUAAUCUGGAAGAAGUCACUAAAAAUUACGAGUUUCUAUUCAAUAUCAACGAUAAAGCCAAAGGGGGGUCGUUCUAUUUACAAUCAAAGUUUUAUCGGGCGAAGGAACGGUUGGACAAGGAGAUAGCAGAGAAACCAUCCUCAGAUAAGAGUUCUACUGAUAAUACAACUAGCUCUUCAUCCUCCAAUUCUAGUCCACCCCCACAAACGUAGUAGUUUCAGCAGGAAGGAAACGAAUAAUAGCACGCUAAUCUUAUUACAUUAUUAUAUUAUUCUUAGGAUUAGUUAUUUCGUAGCAAAAAACGAUAAUAAUCAUAUGACAAGUCCAAAUAUGGGAUAUAUUUAUUUAGUAAAUAUUUCGGAAAAUCUCAA